AUGAAGGACCGUCGGGAACAGCUUCUUGAUCAACAGAAUUGGGAUGAAGUGACGUUUAUCAAUGACUAUUCCUCGCUCAUGGGCUACCUAUACAUGGCCAUCAAGGGUUUGGGUUUCCUGGUGCUUACUUGGACAACCGUCGUACUUCUCGGUGGCUUCGUCUCAAUGCUCCAUAGCAAGGAUUUUUGGUGUUUGACAUUCAUCACCCUUGUGCAGACAGCUGGGAUCUUCGAUGUUGUUUUGAAUGAAAAACUAAGAUACAUCGCAGAUGCAGUCAUUGCACUGUUUGGAGUUGAAUUUAUGUGCAUGUUGGGAGAUUCAGAUCCUCUGCUGGUUAAUUCUACACGCUUUGUGUUUGCAUGUAUAUUUCUAUUUGUGCAAAUAUUGGUGUUGACCGUAGUAUUGUGCCCUUUGGCAAUUAUCUAUGUUUUUGGGAUAUUGAUGUCUGGAGGAAUUUCAUUGUGGCGUCUGGUCUCGCAUGAUUACUCCAAUCCAGAAGCGAUGGGAGUAGCACCAAACCUACCACGAGCACUGGACACCUUGUACUACAUUGCUGUACUCCAAGGUGUGCUCUUCUGCUAUAGGUUCAUCUUGCGUCUCCCGCAGAAUACGCUGGUUAAGAAAGUUGUCAGAGAUGAAUAUAAAUGUAGUAACUCAGAAGUUCAAGUAGUUUCCAAGUACUUGUGCGAAACAAGGAGGGGAUGUGAAAAGGACCCUUCAUUUGCGAAAGGAAGGAACCUAAUCACGGUUGCUGUUGACAAGAUCGGUUCCAAUUCACCUAUUGACUGCAUUUCUGGGGUGAAGAUGUUGUACACAUCCAUAUGCAUUGGGGAGAGGAAACUGGAGUGUCUCAUACAGGACAGCGAUGACUACUGUAAACAACGGGACAUCAUCAGUGGGCAACACAUGGUGAUGAAACAUUUGAUCUUGUCUACACCAUCCUCGAGACAUGUAUUACAGAAACUGCUGGAGACGCUGGGUUUAAGAGGCAUACAUGACAGGGAGGCAAGGUACCAUGCCGCGAUGAUAGUUGAGCGUCUCGCAUUUAACAUCAAUUUGGAGGAGUUUGCCCCUGGGAUUCAACACAUAUCUUCCUUAAUCACGCCACUACAAGAAUACACGAGAGCUGAGCCAUAUCAGAGAGAAUAUGAGAAACAUUUGUUUUUGAACCCUUCACUAGCCAGUGGUGAUGAUGCCACUGGUGAACUUGGGAAGGCAUACAAGGCGUUGUUGCUGCAAGGCAUGUGUAUCCUCCAAAAUCUUGCAGCUAAUGGAAAGAACUGUAGAGUCAUUAGUGAAACCCCAGAUUUGGUCUCCAAGAUCAUGGCACCUGUGACUUUUGACCUACUCCACCACACCACCGAAGAUCAUGGUGCAUGGUCUGACGUAGUGGAGGGAUCAGUCAAAGUGUUGGGCCAAUUAACUAGUGCUUCAGGAGAAACUGGGACCAAACUUCGUCGUGAAAUCUCAAGCAAUGAAGGAGCAAUGAGUACUCUGAGGAGGAUUCUUAGCUGUAAUAAAUGUAAUGAAGAGCUACAGCAAAGAGCCAUUUGGGUUCUCGCAAAUCUGUACACGGAUACUGCUGAAAGCAAUGGAUCAAAAGAUUUUAUUCUUCCAAAGAAAGAAAGCAGCAACAGGGACGAUUUUGUUAGGAUGUUGAUGGACAUCUUCAUGAGCAUUAACAAGUGUAGCUCCUCUAUCAGAGAAUACGCUGGGGAAGUACUGUCGGAGAUAUGCUUCCAUGGCAGAACUAGUGAUGCCAAAAUUGUCAUACCAGCAACUGGCCAUGCUACUAAUCUCACUGGAGUACUUUUACGAGACAAAAACCAGACAUGUAAACAAGCAGCAGCUGCAAUCCUCAACCAUCUAUUUACUCAUUACAUCAAGGAUGUUGAAUACCUUGGAGGACUUAAAAAAGCAAUCCUCGAGGUGAUUGGAGAAAUACUUUGUCGUGGAGAUGAAACACAUAAUGAAAAAAUCCAGUUGGCCAAACCAGAAACCAACAAAGAAGGCCUACUUUAUUAUGGUCCGGGCAAAGGAAUUAGCUCUUCUACCUCCUCUGGUCCUCAAAACAAUGAGAAAAAUGUGAAUGGAGAAAUACUUCUUUGUAGAUAUAAAACACGUAAUGGAAACCAUGGUUCCGACAAACCAGAAAGUGACGUAGAAAGCCUACUUGAUAAUGGCCAGGGAAAAAGAAUUAUAUCUUCUUCCUCCUCUCAUCUACAAAACGAUGAGAAAAGGGUGCUUGGAAAAAUAUUUAGUUCUAGAGGCAAAACACUAAAAGAAGAAGAUGCUGAAGAUGGGUCCGCCAAACAAAAAAUUGAUAUAGAAGGACAAUGUGAUGGCACAGAAGAUAUCAAUGAGCAGGACAAGAUGGAAGAGAGAUUCCAGGCAGUCGUAAAAUCAAAUAUGUCAGUGAACUUGCUAUCAUCGUUGUUAUCCCUUUGUGGGAUGGUCUAUGACAUGAUGCCAAAAAGCGAUUUGGCUCCUCUGUUGGAUGCAUCUAGCUUUAUUAACAAACUCAAGGAGGUGGUAGUGAAAAAAUGUGACCCACCCCAAGUCAGCAACCUGUUAUUGUGUAAGGCUAUAAGUAAGAUGGUUAUAUCACUGAUGGCACACCGCUGCAGCAUGCUCAUCAAACCAGGGGACCUUGAGGGCUUGAUAGAGGCACUCUCUGGUGCUUCCAAGAACAUGCUCGAUCUUGACCAGUCCAUGGUUUUCCACUGUGCCAGCAGAUCCUUUGCAACUACACUGUCGAAGGUUGACAGGUAUACCCACGUAGCCACGCCUUCAAAGCUUGACAGGUGUACCCUUGCGUCCCUCGUGAAAAAAUUGCAUGAUAUGACAUCUGCCUUUAGCCAACAGGUUGGUGCAAAUUUAUGA